AUGUCGCGCCUGCCCUCUCCCGGUCCCGAUACCUUCAGGUUUCUCGACCUUCCAGCCGAACUCCGGCUGAUGGUAUACGAGCACAUCCCGAACGAAGUCUUCCGCCACGAAUUCCCAGAGAUCGGUGCUACAAAAAAGCCCGGCUUGUCUCUUCAGAUCGCUCAAGUGGGAAUCGCCCUCCUUAGUACAUGUCGGCAAAUACACAUGGAGGUCAUCGAGAUCAUAAAGAGAAAACAAGCACUCGCAGCCUCAAUACCGAUUCGCAUUGCGCUGACAAGAUGGGACGAGCGCAGUGUCAUGAUCUUAUACAUCUUUUACCGGAUAAUAUACGCCGCACGCAGUAUUUUGAUCGGAUCAACGUUGAUUUAUGCGAAACUCAGCUUACCUGGUAGCGAACCUCUCUUGUCUGCCUUCAAAAGACUGAUACGAGGACUUCCGAAUAUCGAGCUUGUUCUUGAUUUCCCGGAUAUGGACUUUUAUGCCGCAGACAUGCUGUCAGAAAUAGCACGUUACGGUUGUUUCGAUUUCCACACUACCGUCCGUGUACCGCCUGGUUCGAUUUCAAUGACAGAGUUCGAUCUUUUCCAAGGCAUCCGAGGCAUGGUUAUCAUAUGGGAUGAAUGA